GGCGGCAGAGGAUGACGCUGCGGACAUGCUGCUGUCGUCGGACGGGACGGGGACGUGUCUGGCUGCUCGGUAACCUCGGUCGGUGCCCAGGAAGCGAAGCAGCUGCCUCACUAGUAUUCGUACCACGAGGCGACGCAGCGGGCCCUCGGAAAGAGCGAGCGUCUGGGCCAUGGCUUAUCACUCGGGCUACGGAGCCCACGGCUCCAAGCACAGAGCCCGGGCAGCUCCGGAUCCCCCUCCCCUCUUCGAUGACACAAGCGGUGGUUACUCCAGCCAGCCGGGGGGAUACCCCGCCCCAGGAGCCGACGUGGCCUUCAAUGUCAACCACUUGAUUGGGGACCCAAUGGCCAACAUGGCUAUGACCUAUGGCAGCUCCAUCGCAUCCCAUGGGAAGGACAUGGUGCACAAGGAGCUGCACCGUUUUGUGUCUGUGAACAAACUCAAGUAUUUUUUCGCUGUGGACACAGCCUAUGUGGCCAAGAAGCUAGGGCUACUGGUCUUCCCCUACACACACCAGAACUGGGAAGUGCAGUACAGUCGUGAUGUGCCUUUGCCCCCGCGGCAAGACCUCAACGCCCCCGACCUCUAUAUCCCCACAAUGGCCUUCAUCACCUACGUGCUGCUGGCUGGGAUGGCACUGGGCAUUCAGAAAAGGUUCUCCCCAGAGGUGCUGGGCCUGUGUGCAAGCACGGCACUGGUGUGGGUUGUGAUGGAGGUGCUAGCUCUGCUCCUGGGCGUCUACCUGGCCACCGUGCGCAGCGACCUGAGCACCUUCCACCUGCUGGCCUACAGCGGCUACAAAUAUGUGGGGAUGAUUCUCAGUGUUCUCACGGGCCUGCUGUUCGGCAGCGAUGGCUACUACGUGGCGCUGGCCUGGACUUCAUCCGCGCUCAUGUACUUCAUCCUCUCUCCUUUACUCCAGGUGCGCUCUUUGCGAACAGCAGCCCUGGGCCCCGACAGCAUGGGGGUCCCGGCCCCCCGGCAACAUCUCCAGCUCUACCUGACUCUGGGAGCUGCAGCCUUUCAGCCCCUCGUGAUAUACUGGCUGACCUUCCACCUGGUCCGAUGACCCCCGGUCCCCACUGACACUGAUUUUUCCAUACAUUGAAGAUUUGGUUUCCUUGA